UCCAUCUGCGAGGUGAACGGGAGUGGGCUGCAGUGGAGAUGUGAUAAAGAACGUGCAUUUUGUUGUUGUUGCUGUCAUUGUUUUGACCCCCAGAGUCCGAAGGGUUGAACUCGACGACACCAGCGUCCGGUUACACUCAUGGACAAAGAGAGGAGCGACGUUCGGGCUCAGUGCUCCUGGAUGGAGGUGCACCAGUUCAUUGGUGACCUCAUCACAUCUGGAAACGCCUUGCAGGAUCAGCCAGAUGUGCUGAACGCCGCGUGGGGCGUGGCCGGCGGAGGCGUCGAGGCGCUGCGGUUCAAAGGGGCUUCAUUUGAACCUCUGCAACAACUGCGAGCCGGCCGGGACAAGUCGGAGGCAGAGCCCGGGCGACAGCUCCAGCCCGGGCCAUCCCAGAGGAAGGGAGAGGCCAGAGACAAGAGAGGAGAUGUGCAUAAUGCCUGCGCCUGCCCCGGCUGCCCUUCCGCCAUUUCUCAGCCUUCCUUUGAGACUUUAAAACCGAGGCAUUCUUUGCCCGCGCCCCCUUACUCGGCUGCGUUAUGCCACCCCAAAGACCUAAGCAGUACUGCGUCAAUGAGCCUCAACAUGUGCUUACCAGACACCGCGGAGCCAAGCAGCACCACAUCCGAGCUGGAGACCAGGGCGUCCAGUCGGACGCAGAGGGAGGAUGGCGACAGGGGGCCUGCAGAUCAGAUGCCUCCUUCCAGGGCGUCCUCGGGCCCUUUCUCCCACCUCUCCAUGUUUCCCUGCUUGUGUUGCCAUCGCAGCCUACAGACCUGCACCCAGAUACUGAGCAACCAGGAGGGCGCAGACUCCCUGUUUUCUCACAACCACGGCCAUCAUCCUUUUCAUCACCACCACUGUCCCAUAGCCUCUUGUUUACCCUGCCCUCAGCUGGGCCGCUCUCAUGCCCCACAGUUCUCUGGCCCCUUUCCCUGCUUGCCCUGCCAGGGCUCCUUUCCGACCUGCACUCAGGUCUGCCACCACCAGCACAGACAAACACACACUCAGCAACAGGUGGAAAGAGGCAGGGCGGCUUCGGCCAUGUUGUCUCUUCAUCCCUGCAUGCACUGCUCUGCAACGUUUUCCAGACCGUCCCAGUUGCUGCAGCACCAGCGCUCUGAGCACGCCCAGAAACCACCCGGCUUCCUCUGCACGGAGUGCGGCAGGGCCUUCAACUCGCACAGCAACCUCCGCAUCCACCUCAACGUGCACACCGGUGCCCGGCCCUACACCUGCUCCGACUGCGGGAAGAGUUUUAGCCAGUCGGGGGCUCUGAAGAUCCACAGGCGGAUUCACACCGGUGAAAGGCCAUAUUCCUGUGGAUUUUGUGGCAGGGGGUUCCCCCAUCUGGCCGGGGUCCGGGCCCACCAGAGGACCCACACAGGAGAGAAGCCCUACUGCUGUAGCCAGUGUGGGAAAUGCUUCACCCAGUCAGGGGCGCUUAAGAUUCAUAUGCGCAUCCACACGGGAGAGAGGCCCUUCAUCUGCAGCUUUUGUGAGAAAAGCUUCUCCAACCGCUCCGGGAUCCGCUUCCACUACCGCACAGUCCACGGACUGGCCCCCGAACAUGCCAGAGAAGCCGGAGCUGAGGAUGCGCAUCGGGGAGCGGCCGGACGCAGCUGUCCACCUGGGCGUCCCAGGACUUUCCCCCUACCCAACGUUGGGCUAAUUACACCUCACAGUUCAGGAAGCGACUCGCACACGGCCCCGAAGUCCGGAGAGCCUCCUGCGUCGACCGCCGCUCGCGAGAGCAAACCUCAGUCAGAGGGAGCAAACCCCGGCGGCAACAGAGAGGGGCUUCUGUAUGCUUGUGAAGACUGUGGCCUCCGCUUUAAGGACGCGCCGUCCAGGAACCGGCACCAGACUCUGAUGCACUACUCGUCCGAGGGGAGGGACGGGGGGGAGGGGGAGGAUGGGCAGAGGAAAGAGUUAAGCACAAACAAGAGUGCCCACGACAACAGUGGGGAGUGAAUUCAAGCUCAAAACACCAGAGUCAAUAGGAUUUUAAAACGCAAAUGUUGAAAUGAUGCAACUUGUAUUUACUUUAAUUUCAUGUUGAUUUUUGGCGGCCCGUGUGGACAAAAGUGUUUUUCCGAGUACAAGAGCCCCUUCAGAACACCUCAUUUGACUGGGGUCUGCCCCACUCAGUCCUGGUUCUUGUGUCCUCCCUUCCUCGAUACGGCCCGGGCCUCCAGCAGCGUGGAGUCCGAGCGGAGCGGCGAGGAUCACGAAAGGGCUGCUUUGUUACGUCGGAGGCCCCGUUGUGGUCUGAGCCGCAUGAUUUCAUCUGAUUUCGACCCAGUGUUUCUGCUGGCAUUAAGAAUAACUAUAUCUCACUGAUGGUCUUGCUUACUUGUGUGUAUAUAUGGGUCAUAUAAAUACAUCAGUAUUCUGUUCCUUACAGUAACUUUAAUUUUUUGUAAUUUGCUAAGUCGUUGCUACAGCACUAUUUCUAGCUCAAUAGUAGUUUAUACUUGUAUACUAAUUAUAUGUGUAAUGUGUCCAGCUGCCUGUUUUUGCAAAUCAUCACCGCUACAGGCUCGACUAAAAAAAAAAAAACACCUUUCUGCUGCGAUCACACUUGUAAAGUAUUUUUCCUAAUGCAGUUGUUUUAUUGUGCCUUAUUAUCAAGUGAAGAGGUCAGUGAGGUCAUCACUAAUUGUGACACCACAAAGGUUGUAGAAAGUUUUAUUACAAUUUAAACGUUAUGGGUCUUUUAGUAACAUUUUCAGAUCUAAUGGUGGACGACCACUGUCACCUGAUCGUUAUAAUAUAAAAAACCUUGUAAUAGGGAAAAGUUCCUCUCCACAACAGCAAUGACAUUCCAGUUUAAUUGAAUCUGUGGUAAUCUGUUGAAAAUCUUAACUUAAAAGAGUUAAGUGAAAUUAUGUUGCUGUGGCAAAAGUUUAACGAAUAAGGCCAUAUUGGUUUUUUUUUAAUGAGGAGGUUUUGUGUCUUGCUCAAAUCAUAAUCAUGACUCCUCCUUGCCUGUUGUGCCUUUCUGUGUUAUACUAAAAUACAAUAAUUUAUGUAAAAACAAUGUUUAUUUGUUACUAUGAAUGUUAUAAAUGGAUGACAACUAUCUGAGUGAGAGCCAGCAGACAGUAAUUAUACAAUAGAUUACUGUUUAAAGCCCAAGAGAGCCACCUAGUGGUUAUACAACGUCAUAGCAACAAUCUGAACAACUUUGUUACAGUGUACCAUUUAUAUAUUUUUUUGCUUUAACAAAACAUGUUAAAAUAUACAUUGUGAAUACAAUGUUUUGUGAGGACAUGUAACUUAUUUAAUCCACUUUUUUCUUUGCAUUAACCUGGAUACACUGCAUACAUGUGCAUUAUGUAUUUUCUGAAAGUGCAGCUUGUGAUUAAACAUUUUAAUAAACAGUGUCACUGAGGGGCAA